GCUCAUCAUAUCUUCUCCCCUCCCGUUCGCCUGCUGGGUUCAAUCCCUUAGCUAGCAGCCACCCCCCCUCGUCUUCCCCCCUUAUCUCACCCGGGAAAAUCCCUGGCAGAUCGUCCCUGUCAAGACCGAACGUUCCGACUCCCCUCCCUCCUUGGAAUCCGUACUUCGAACCGUCCCACUCCACUAUUGACCGGCCGCGUAAAGAACCCAGCUUUCGCAACAUGGCAACUUGACGCAUCAUGAUAAUUUUUGGCAUCGAUGUGGGCAGAUCAAUUAAAACACGAUUAUAGUCAUUGUCUACUCUCAUUCUCGAUCGAUCCGGUUAUCGUCUCUCACCCCCUCCAUCCCCUCCACCCCCGAACCCAGUCCGUGGCCACAUUCCCCUGAUUCCUGUCCCCGCACAAUCGCUACUGCGGAGACCACUCAUCCUUGACCAUGUCUCACAAUUUUGAGAAGUCGGUGAAGGGGGCCACCAAAAUCAAGCUUGCCGCCCCCAAAUCCAAAUAUAUCGAACACAUUUUAGUUGCGACCCAUACCGGCGAGGCGGGCGUGGCAGAGAUAUUCCGAACCCUACAGCUUCGACUGCGCGACUCAACAUGGACCAUCGUUUUCAAAGCUCUAAUCGUCAUCCAUCUGAUGGUAAGAGAAGGCCAGUUGGACGCCACCUUGCAGUACAUGGCGGAGAACCCCAGAAAGCUUGCGAUUAGCGGAUACUCAGAAAUUCAGUCGCAAGGCCAUAAUAUCCGGAGAUAUUCCGACUACCUCAUCGCGCGCGCAAGAGCUUUCGAAGAUACAAAGACCGACUUUGUGCGAAGCGGACAAGGGCGCAUGAGAAGACUGACAGUGGAGAAGGGUCUUUUAAGAGAAACGGAAGUAGUCCAAGACCAAAUCCGGGCGCUGCUGCGAUGUGACCUUCUAACCGACGAUGUCGAAAACGAAAUAUCGCUGACCGCGUUUCGGUUGCUGACCUUGGAUCUUUUGACGCUUUACUCGGUCAUGAACGAGGGCACAAUAAAUGUCCUGGAGCACUACUUCGAGAUGUCCCGGCCUGAUAGCGAACGCGCGCUCGAGAUUUAUAAGACUUUUACCGUACAAACAGAAGAAGUUGUUAAGUUCCUGGGCGUUGCCAGGCAUUUUCAAACCGCAACGCGACUGGAAAUUCCCAAACUCAAACACGCUUCUACAGAUUUGACGCGACUUCUCGAGGACGACCUGAAUGAUCCCGAUUUCAACCUUCGUCGGCGAGAAUAUUUGGCGCGGAAGGAAGGGAAGAGUGUCGGUUCCCCAACACCUGUAGCCAAGAACGCAACUGGGGAUCGAUUUGUUAGCAAUCCGAAUACCUCGCCAGCUCGACCUCAAACACAGCCCAACCCGCAGAAGAAGUCGAACCCCGUAGAUCUUAUUGACUUCUUCGAUUCAAUUGAGCAAAACCAGCAGCCAAUGGACCACACCAACCCGUUCCAACAGGCACAGCUACAGCAGCAGGCGCAGGCGAUGCAGUUCCAGCAGACAGGCUUUCAACCGCAGCAGCCGGCAUUCUAUGCGCAACCCACAGGCUUCCAGCAACAACCUCAACCCACAGGGUUCGGUCAACAGCCGGACUUCACGUCCCAGUUUCCGCCGCAAAAUGGCCCGCAAUUUAGCCAGCCGCCACAGCCAGUCCCUCAGCCGCUUCAACCCAACCACACGGGGGCAGGGUUUGGCGGUUAUUCGGCCCAGCCCCAAACAUACGGGUUCCAAUCCAACCUCGCUCCCAUUCCGCAACAUGACGUUAGCGCAUUCCCACAACAGCAGCAGCAACCGAUGCCAAUGGCUCAGCAACAGUUACAACCGCAGUCAACCAACCCAUUCAGACAGUCUAUGUUGAUGGCCACGCCGACCGGAUCGGCCACAGCCGCAACUCCACUCAGCCGCCAGAACACCAAUCCCUUUGCGCGGCGUCUCUCGACAGCCAACCCGCAAUUCAACUCGGGCCCUCCGGAGGCCUUCCCGCAGCAGCCGCCGCCACAGCCACAGCCACAAGCACCGCAGCAGCCAGCGCCGCUCCAAGCGCAGCGAACAGGGACCAAUCCGUUUGCUCGAGCCUCGUCUGUUCCUCCACAGCAAUCACAGGGAUUGCAGCCGCCUGCCGCGGCGCCGCUCCGGCCCAAUCCUACCGGGAGCACCAACCCAUUCCGUCAGAGCGCGUUCGUGAAUCAGCAGACGGGCCAGGGGUGGCAUACCAGUGGCCAGCAAGGCACGAUGGGUGGUUUGGAGCAACUGGACACUAUGCAAGUGUUCCCGCGACCGGGGCUGUCAUAGGGCGCAGACGACCGUGCCAACAAAACGCUGCGCCGAGAGGGUUGUUGUGUUAGACGUGCCUAUUUUCCUUUUCCAUUAAUACUCGUUAUUAUCAGCUUGCAUUUGAUUAUUGUGUGUUAUUUAAUGCAUCAUGGCGAGCUCGCAGCGCGGGCAUGACCGUGGACGAUGUAGCGAUAUCAAGCAAUACUUAGUGAC